AUAUCAUCUACUUUGAUCUUCACACCAAAUUUUCCUCAAAAAAAAAAAAAGAAAGGAAAAGAAAGAAGACAAAUUAAAGGUUAUUGUUUUUCAUUGCAUGGACCGGAGAGCCAAACCGACGAAAGUUUGGUCCUCAUGAACCCCAAAGGUAAUAAUAAUCUCAACCGUUCAAUCAUCGGUGGUCAUGAUCAUGGCUCGAUCAUACAACUACUACUCUUUCUGCUACUCCUCUCCAGCCACGGCGGAUUUCAGCUCGUCGCGGGUCAAGCCACUCACGGUGGUUCAGAUGUUCCCGGAGAUAGCUCUCGGUUUGACCCAACCAUGGCAAUACUCAUGAUCGUCCUCGUCAGCGUCUUCUUCUUUCUCGGGUUUUUCUCGGUCUAUAUCCGAAGAUGUCUUGAGCGAGUCAUGGGGAUGGACUACGGAAACCCCAACGACGCCGGAAACUGGUUUGCCACGAACCGGCAACAGGCGCGUGGACUCGACGCGUCGGUCAUCGAGACUUUUCCAACUUUCCGAUACGCAACCGUGAAGACGCUUAGGAUCGGCAAAGAAGCGCUUGAGUGUCCUGUUUGCUUAAACGAGUUUGAAGACGAUGAAACGCUGCGUUUAAUACCUAAAUGCUGCCACGUGUUCCAUCCUGGUUGCAUUGACGCUUGGCUUCGCUCUCACGCCACGUGUCCUCUAUGCCGUGCUGAUCUUGUGCCCGUACCAGGUGAACCCGUCGUCUCUAUUCAAAUACCCGGUUUAGUCAACGAUCCUCCCGGUUCUGAUCCGAGCGGUGAUCGGAUUAGAGUUUUAGGUUCUCCGGACGCACGAUUGAUUGACUCGGUGGCGUUGACUUGUAAUCAGAGCAUGCCACGUAGGUCUAUGUCUACCGGAUGGAAUUUAGCCGGAAUGUUUACGAAUUCUGAUCGGACCGGUCAACAUUCAGAGAAUCUCGAUCGGUUCACGCUUAAAUUACCGCAAGACAUUCACAAUAAGCUAGUGAAUCCCAGCCUUUCAAAAAGCCACGUGGUGUUACCUCAUGUGAUGAGUUCAGCGAGAGGAUACAGAACCGGAAGCUUAGGAAGUGAGAGAAACUACUUUUACUAUGAACGGUUCGACCAAGAUGGCCGGUUAGACCGUAGACCAUUUUCCAUAACUCCUCCAUACCGGACAGGUUCAAUCAAUAACACAUCUCCAGGUGACAGUAGUGAUCAUGUGCGUGCUGGUUCACCCAAAAGUUUGCUUCUAGCAAUGAAAUCACCGUUUGAUCGAUUAUUUCUUGGAAAGAACAACAACGUCGGUGAACGCUCGUCGGAUCACCUUCGUUCCGGCGAUGCUACACCGUCGAAUACUGUGCAAAGUAAGGUGGUUAAGACAGAGAGAAUGGUUGAGACAAAUGACAUGCAUGUAACUCGUGUCUUAUUUUGCGGUCCGUAUUUUCCUGAUUCCUACAACUUCACCAGAGAGUACUUGCAACCUUACCCUUUUAUUCAGGUCGAUGUUGUUCAUUACCGUGAUGUCCCUGAGGUUAUAAAGAACUAUCAUAUAUGUGUGGCAAUGACUAUGCAAAUGGAUUCAAAUGUUAUAUCUCGUGCAAGCAAGAUGAAGCUUAUUAUGCAGUAUGGUGUUGGUCUCGAUGGUGUUGACAUUGAUGCUGCUACUAAACAUGGGAUUAAGGUCGCUAGAAUUCCUAGUGAGGGUACUGGAAAUGCUGCAUCUUGCUCUGAGAUGGCUAUAUAUCUAAUGCUGGGUCUUCUUAAGAAACAGAACGAAAUGCAAAUAUCUCUGAGAAACAGACUACUUGGAGAACCAACCGGUGACACGCUUCUCGGUAAAACUGUAUUUAUCUUAGGAUAUGGAAACAUUGGAAUAGAGCUGGCUAAACGGUUGAAACCAUUUGGGUCGAGAGUAAUAGCCACGAAAAGAAGCUGGCCUGCUUCUAUCGUCAACUCAGACUCCAGGCUAGUUGAUGAGAAAGGUAGCCAUGAAGACAUUUACACAUUCGCUGGCAAAGCUGAUAUAGUCGUUGUUUGUUUGAGGCUCAACAAAGAAACGGCCGAAAUAGUGAACAAGAAGUUCAUAUGUUCAAUGAAAAAGGGUGCUCUUCUUGUAAAUAUUGCCCGAGGUGGUCUUAUUAACUAUGAAUCAGCUUUCCACAAUCUGGAGUCCGGUCAUCUAGGAGGCCUUGGGAUUGAUGUGGCGUGGUCUGAGCCGUUUGAUCCAAACGAUCCGAUUUUGAAGUUCAAAAAUGUUAUAAUAACCCCUCACGUCGCUGGAGUUACCGAAUAUUCAUAUAGGUCCAUGGCCAAGAUUGUCGGAGACCUUGCGCUUCAGUUACAUGAAGGUCUUCCUCUCACUGGAAUCGAAUUCGUCAAUUAAUGAGGUAACAUUUUCAUGUAAUAUCAUUGCAAGAAUAAUAUCGUGUAACACCCCCAGUAGCUAAUGUAAAUUAAUUCAAGUCUCUUUC